AUGUCAUUAUCCCAAGGAAAACGUUUCAAGCAAAUAUUAAGUAGUGGACACCUAGGAGACCAGAAACCAUCACAACUUCUGAGAAAAUUGCAACAACUCAUUGGAGAUACUCAAAUCGAUCAGUGUUUUCUUCGGGAAAUAUUUCUACAAAAACUUCCCAACAAUAUUCAAGUUAUGCUUUCUUGUUAUCCAGAUAGCACUGUUCCUAUCGAAGAAUUAGCAAGUAAAGCCGAUAGCAUCAUGGAAAGUGCAAUAGAUUGUUUGAACUUCACGCACAAUCCUGUGACACACAGCAAUACAGUAGACAUCUCAGCUGAGCUGAACGAGCUGAAGAACCUCGUUAGUAGAAUGUGUCAAGAUCGUUCGAAAUCCAAACCUCUCUCACAAUCUAUGGAUUCCAGAAAAGAUGGACCUGUUUUAUGCUGGUAUCAUUCAUCUUCUGGUCCAAGAGCUAAGAAAUGUAUGGAUCCUUGCUCUGAGUCGGAAAACUUCAAGUUGCAGCAUCAGUGA